AUGAAGCUCGUGGCUUCCGCCGCAACUGCGCUCAGCUUCACGGGCUUUCGACAGUUCUCAGCACAGCUACCCCGGGUCACAUAUUCCUCUUCUUCGAAACGACAUGCUUCCAACGACCCGACGAAUCAAUACGCAGCAGCCCAGCUGUCUAUGCAGCAUAAACGUGAAUGGAAGAUUGGCGAUGUCUACGCGCCUCAUGAUUUGAGCCCCGCAGAAAUGCGAAAAUGGAACAAGAGGAGGAGUCCAACAAAAGACGUUUUCGAUAUCCUUGCCGUAAACCCGUUGAGCCUGUAUAAGAAUUUUUCCGUCAUGUCGGACUUUGUGACCGACACAGGCAGGAUAAGGCCGAGAAGCGAGACUGGACUGAGGCCCGUAAAUCAGAGGAGAAUGGCAAAGGCUGUUCGAAGAGCGAUCGCGCUAGGACUGAUCCCAAGCGUCUACAAACAUCCUGAAUUCCUGAAAGACAAAGCACAAUCGUUACGGGGCAGAUGA